AUGCCGCAGGGCGGCGAGGUGCACCCGUGCGUCGGCUUCUGGAUGGGCUACUUCCGCUGCAUGCUGCGCAACCGCGUGCCCCUCUACUUCGUCCUCGCCGCCGGCAACGGCGACGCCGACACCGACUCGCCGCCAACGACGCCGCUCGCGCCCGACGAGAGCGGCCUGGUGACGGAGCUGAUCUCGUGCCUGGAGGCCGUGCUGGAGGAGCAGUCCGCCGCGCUCGCGUUCCCAGGGCUAAGGCAUAUCUUCAUGCUGAACAACACGAGCGCCAUCCUGCGCCGCGCCGUGCGCUCCGACCUCAGCAUGCUCCUGCCGCCCAGCUGGGUGCUCGUCCGCGAGGAGCGCAUGGAGGGUUACAUCAAAGCUUACCUGCAGGUUUCCUGGGGGACCGUCGUGUCGCGCCUUGACGGGAAGCCAGGAGCCCUGAACGCCCUCCGGCGACGGAACCCGCUGAGCGCAUUUUACCUGGCGUUGGAGAACGCGUGCAGCAUGCAGAGAGGCUGGAAGGUGCCCAGCCCAGCGCUGCGGGCCGCCCUCCGGAGUACCGUGUCGGGGAAUGUCGUGCCGGCAUACCGUCGGUACCUCGACGACCACCCGGAGGUUGAGGUGCCGGCAGGGCGCACCGCGGAGGAGCUGGAGAAUCAGUUGUCGGAGCUGUUCGAAGGCUAG